GAUCAGACGGUUCUUCAUCCUGCCUGCUGUGACCCGGGAUCUGAACCCGAGUGAAGUCCUCCGUCCAUCUGAAGAGGAAGACGGCAGAGACGGUGAGGACAACUGGUCACCUGAAAACUAAACGCCUGAGCAGGAGGCCAGACGCAUUUCUGGAGGACAUUUAAUCAGCUGAUAAAAGAUGGCGCAGCAGCAGGAAGUCCAGCAGGAAGUCCAGCAGGAAGUGGAUUUUGAGAAAAAACUUUCCAAGGUUUGCCCUGAGUUUGUGGAGAAAGUUUCUGAGGAAAUCCUGAAACGGCUCCUUGAUGGCCUUGAGGCAGAUGGGGUCUUUAUGCAUUCGGAGAUAGAAGAUAUACUGCAGAUGAACCGAACCAGAGAAGACAAGGCCCGCGACACCAUAGAUGCUGUGAGAAAGAAAGGACAGAGAGCCUGCAGGUUGAUGAUCAAACAUCUUCAUCACAUGGAUCCAACUCUGUCCAACCAGCUGGGUUUGUCCUCUGACCCCUUUGGUCCAGAUUUUGAUGUUCGGUGUCAACAGGAGCUUAAAAACCAUCUGAAGAUGAAGAUCCAGAGUCUCUCUGAAGGCGUCGCUGAACUUGGAAAGAAAACCGGUCUGAACCAGAUCUACACUGAGCUCUACAUCACAGAGGGGUUAACUAGAGAGGUCAACCAGGAACAUGAGGUCAGACAGAUUGAAACAGCAUCCAGGAAUCAAGAAACAGUCAGAAGAGAAGACAUCUUUAAAGUCCCACCUGGAAGAGAUCAGCCAAUCAGAACAGUGAUGACCAUGGGCGUGGCUGGCAUUGGGAAAACACUGUUAACACAGAAGUUCACUCUGGAAUGGGCUGAAGGCAAAACCAACCAGAACAUUGAGUUCAUAUUUCCAUUCACCUUCAAAGAACUGAAUUUACUGAGAGAAGAAAAGUUCAGCUUAUUAGAACUGAUUCAUGAACGAUUCACUAAAACCAAAGGAAUCAGCAGCUUUGAAUCGUUCCAGGUUCUGUUCAUCUUUGAUGGUCUGGAUGAAAGUCGAUUUAAUCUGGAUUUCAAGAACAAUCUGAUCCUGACUGAUGUUACAGAGUCCAGCUCACUGGAUGUUCUGCUGACAAACCUCAUCAGGAAGGAACUGCUUCCCUCUGCUCUCCUCUGGAUAACCACACGACCUGCAGCAGCCAAUCAGAUCCCUGCUCAGUGUGUUGACAUGGUGACAGAGGUCAGAGGGUUCACUGACCCCCAGAAGGAGGAAUACUUCAGGAAGAGAUUCAGAGAUGAUGAAGAGAAGGCCAGCAGGAUCAUCUCCCACAUCCAGAAAUCCAAAAGUCUCCACAUCAUGUGUCACAUCCCCGUCUUCUGCUGGAUCACUGCUAACGUUCUGGAGGAUGUGAUGAAGACCAGAGAGAGAGAGAAACUACCCAAGACUCUGACUGAGAUGUACAUAGAGUUCCUGCUGGUUCUACUCAACAUCAAGGAGGAAAAGUUUGAUGGAGGAAAAAAGAGCAAAUCUAUCUGGAGUCCAGAGAACAGGAAGCUGAUUGAGUCUCUAGGAAAACUGGCUUUUGAUCAGCUGCUGAAGGGAAACCUGAUCUUCUAUGACAAAGAGCUCAAACGGUGCGGCAUCAACAUCCAAGAUGCUGCGUUGUUCUCAGGAGUUUUCACUGAGAUGUUUAAAAGAGAGAGAGGGACACGCGACGUCUCCGUCUACUCCUUUGUUCAUCUGAGCAUCCAGGAGUUUCUGGCUGCAGUCUACAUGCUCCACUGCUUCACCAGCAGGAGGGGAAAAAAAGUUAUCAAAACCUUCUUGGGAGAAAAUUUGUUUUUCAUGUCUUUGCAGAAGUUCAUGAAGAAAGUCAUGGAGAAAUCCCUCCGCAGUCAAAAUGGCCACCUGGACCUGUUUGUCCGCUUCCUUCAUGGUCUCACUGUGGAGUCCAACCAGAGAGACUUAGAAGAUCUACUGGGUCAGACAGAGACCAGUCCAGAAACCAUCCAGAGAAUCAUCACCAACCUGAAGAAGAUGAACACUGAUAGAAUCUCUCCUGACAGAAGCAUCAACAUCUUCUACUGUCUGGUGGAGAUGAACGACGUCUCAUUUUAUCAGGAGAUCCAACGGCUGCUGGAUUCAGGGCAGCAGCUCUCAGUGACUGACUGUUCAGCUCUGGCCUUCAUGCUGCAGAUGUCAGAGGUUCUGGAUGAGUUGGACCUGAAGAAGUACAACACAUCAGAUAAAGGACAACGGAGACUGGUUCCAGCUGUGAGGAACUGCAGAAAGGCUCGACUUGGUCGCUGUUGGCUCCAAAAGGCUGAAUGUGAAGUUUUGGCCUCGGCUCUGAAGUCCAACCCAGAUCUGACUGAACUGGAAAUAAAUCAGAUCUACAUAGUGGAAGGUGGAGAAUCUGAUAUGAAUCAUCUGGUUGAGAUCCUGGAGAAUUCAGUCAGUAAAGUGAAGAAACUGGGAUUGACUUACUGCAGGUUAUCAGAGACCAGCUGGACGUCUCUGUUCUCAGCUCUGAAGUCCAACCUGACCCAUCUGACAGAACUGGAGAUGACCGGAACCAACCUGGAAGAUUCUGGACUGAAGGAUCUCUGUGGUUUUCUACAGACUGAAGGCUGCAGACUGGAGACAUUGAGGUUGAGGAGCUGCAGUUUGUCAAAGAUCAGCUGUGAUUAUUUGGCCUCAGCUCUGAAGUCCAACCCGACCCGUCUGUCAGAACUGGACCUGAGAAGAAACAACCUGAAGGAAUCAGAUGUUCAGCAGCUGAAGGAUCUUGUAAAGACUUUAGAGUAAGUAAAUGUUUGCAGUGAGUCCAGCUGCUGUCAGCAUAUUGAACUAAACCCAGUCAGCAUCAAAGCAAAGAUCCAGUGUUCCCAGUAAAGCUGCAGCUUCUCAGUGGGAGGAGAAUGGUUCAGGCUUCCUGAUUGGACACAGCAAUCAGCCAAUCAGAGGAGCAGCAGCUUGCUGUGUUGUUGCUGUGUCCAUGUCUCCAGGACGUCCAGCUGGACUCCAGCGUCCAACAUGUCUAGAGACAGUGGUCCUCAUUCAUCAAACAGCAGCAGAUCUGAUCUCAGACCUGCUUGUUCUCUCAGUUCAACAGGAAACAACUGAUCAGGUUCAUCUUGGUCACAGCUCUGAGAUCAGUCUGACUGGAAACCAUCUACUGGAUGUGCUGCGUCACUGACUGCUACUGGAAACACUCACUGAUCUGCUCUCCUUCCUUCUU